CCCUAUUAGGGCACGCGCUAUCACUGCUAUCAGCGCACUGCAAUGUAAUUCAUUUUCGCCCCCGUGGUUCCGUGAGAAAAAAAGUAAUGUGUAUUGUGUAAAUAAAUACAAGACACUCCUCCCUGCAUCUGCCGGAUGUCAAUUAAGGAAUGACUCGCGAUUCCCAGACUCCUGGAAACCGUGUAAUAAUUACUCUCCUGCCUUAUUACAGAUUCAGCAGGUAGCACCUCCUGUUGCAUGUGCAAAAUCAUGCUGAGUUAAUCAGACGAUCAAGGAGGAUGAGCAGGAAAGUGUUGGAGAUAAAGACACUAUAAGUUUUCUGGAGCCCUUACCUACUGAAGCAAGUAUAUAACCCAAGCAGUCCCAAAACCAUGGCUCUGAGAGGAAUUCAAGUUUUAGAGUUAGCUGGCUUAGCACCUGGUCCACUGUGUGGGAUGAUUCUCGCUGAUUUUGGAGCUUCUGUCAUAGUCGUUGAUAAGGUUGGACCCAAGCUUGACAUGAAUUUCUUAUCAGAGGGAAAAUCAUCUAUGAACGUUGACCUGAAGAACUCUAAAGGGCAGGAAUUUUUCCGUAGAAUGGUUAAACAGUCUGACGUUUUGAUUGAACCAUUCCGAGCUGGAGUUAUGGAGAAAUUGAAUUUAAGCCCUGAAACUCUACUCAAAGAUAACCCAAAGUUGAUUUUUGCUCGAUUGACAGGAUAUGGACAGUCUGGACCUUACAGUUCCAAAGCAGGGCAUGACAUCAACUAUGUAUCCUUGUCAGGUCUAUUCUCAUUAUUUGGUUGGAGAAAUAAGCAGCCCACCCCGCCCGCAAACUUUGCUGCUGACUUCGCUGGUGGUGGUCUAUCUUGCGCUUUGGGCAUUGUCAUGGCUUUAUUUGAGCGUGAGAAAUCAGGGCAAGGGCAAGUUGUCGAUGCCAGUAUGGUAGAGGGAGCUGCAUACACUGGCAGUUGGUUCUUUCAUUCUAAGGAAGCAAGUUUCCUUUGGGGACAACCUCGAGGACAAAAUCCCUUAGAUGGUGGUGCGUUUUUUUAUGACACGUAUGAAACCAAAGAUGGCAAAUGGAUGGCUGUCGGUGCUGUGGAGCCGCAGUUCUAUUCUGCCGCUCUUCACAAGUUAGGUAUUGCCGAAGAGUCUUUACCACAGUAUACAGGGUUUCAGAAGGGACACGAGGUUUUUGCGGAAAAAUUCAGGACCAAAACCCAGAACGAGUGGUGUGAGAUAUUUAAUGGUGACAAUGAAUGUGUGACUCCAGUUCUUUCAUUAGAAGAGGUUGCAGAUCAUCCUCAUAAUAAAUCCCGCAACUCUUUUUCACGUCUGAAUAAUUUGGUAAUUCCUAACCCUGCUCCAAAACUGAGCAGAACACCUGGAGCAUCUUCAGCUCUCAGCCAAAAUUCAAAUAAAAUUAGGACAGAAGAUUUUAUAAAGAGUUUAGGGAUCUCUGAAGAAGAGAUUUCCAGGCUCAUCUCUGAUGGUGUGAUAGAAUUCAAAUUCAGAGCAUCUAAGAUGUGAGUAAAAUAUUACAUUCUAAUAGAGUAACUUCCUGAAAGUCCAUAUAGACAUAGAAUAUGUAUUCGGUUUUUCCAAAGGAAGUUAUAAUCGGGAAAGGGGGCAUAUUGUGAAUUUCACAAUAUCCAUCUGGAUCCGUCAGGUGUGGAUUUGAAAACAUUAUUAUUUCCUAGGUAUUUUACAAUGGUGACCAAAAAAAUCUAUUCAAUCAUGGUAUACUACAACUUUAAAAUAAAACUGCAACUUUUGGUUUCUCGAUUUCUGCCGCCACCAAAAAUUUGCCGCUGUGGGCACAGGCCCAUUUUGCCCCUAUGGUUAAUCCAGCCCUGAAGGUACCAAAACAUCCUGCCUUUGUAUUUUGUA